GCAGGCAGGUGCUGGCUCGCAAAUGUGCUUUCGGAGGACGCCAUGCAUCCUGGCGCCCCAAGGCGCGACCUUCCAGAACCAACCGCUGGCUGUCUCCUGGGCUGACUGGCAGCCUGGCCGGCCCGGCACGAGGCAGCCGCCGGCCACUCGGCGUCCAUUUUGGAGGUCUGGCCCCCCUCAAAAGCUGCAAGGCAAAUUCAAAUAUUGCAACACGAUUGCCACUGACUCCUUCUGCAGGGGCAAACGUUUUGCAUGAAAACGCAUCCACUCAGUCCAAAGUACAAACAGCGCAGGGGAAAGGCAAAAAACGCAUCCACUCGGUCGGUCCCAAGGACAAAAGAAAGGCAUAAAAGCUCCUCAUUUGCCGCUUGAGGCACCUGUGCUUUCGUUCACUUUCUCUUGCGGCCCAACACAGCCAGAGAGACCAAAAGAAAGACGUGUAGGCAGAGCGAGAGGGGAGGGAGGGGCGAGCGAGCGAGUGAGGAGGUAACCGGAAGCUGCUGUGGCACUCAUUCGAGUUUAGCUUGCACGUGCGGCAGGAGCCUGUCCACCGUCGUGAGGAUCCUCGCCCUUGAUGCAUGUCUUGAUGUCUCGGCGGACGUGCGUGUUGCUGUUGUUGGCUUGCGGCUGCGUUACGCCGCGUGCGGAAACUUCCAGCUGCUCGGCGACCUUCCAGCAGCCUGAAGGUUACAUCGACUCGUCAAAGGCGCUUCCCCCAGCUGGCCAUGUGCGCUGCACGUACACCAUCAGCGUCUACGCGGGCUACGGCGUGGAGCUGCAGGUAAAGAGCGUCAACUUGUCGGACGGCGAGCUGCUGUCCAUCCGGGGUGUGGCCGAGGGCGGGGCCUGGCUGCUGCUGGCCAAUCAGACCCUGCUGGUGGAGGGCCAAGUCAUCCGCAGCCCCAGCAACACGCUCGCCGUCUUCUUCAGCUCGCCGCGCGACGCCGUCGGCUCCUUCCUGCUGCACUACCAGAUCUUCCGCCUGAGUUGCUUACUCCCCAAGCGGCCCCACUUUGGGGAAGUGUCCGUGUUGGACCUGUUGCCCGGCGGCACCGCCCGCUUCCACUGCCACAUGGGCUACCACCUGCAGGGGCAAGCGCUGCUCACCUGCGUCAACGCCUCACGGCCGGCAUGGAGCGGCAAGGAGCCCUCCUGCAGAGCUCUCUGCGGUGGAACGGUGAAGAACGCCACCCUGGGCCGGGUGCUGUCCCCCUCGCCCCGCCACGGGCCCGAUCCCAGGCGGGACCGCACGUGCUCCUGGUCCCUGGAGGCCGCAGGGGAGCAGCAGCUGCACCUGCACCUGGAGCGCCUCCUGCUGGGACCCGCCGACAGACUGGUUCUGCGGAGCGGCCUGGAUGCCGCUUCCCCGGUGCUCUUCGACUCGGGUCGGAGCUCGCGCGUCCCCUAUGAGGGGCUGAUCAGCGAGGGUCCUGCCGUGAGGAUCCAGUUCUUCACAGAGCGGCCCGACCAGAACACGGGCGUAUUCGACAUCCGUUACGAAGCCUUCGAGCGAGGUCGCUGCUAUGAGCCCUACCUCCAGAAUGGCAACUUCACCACAUCGGACCCCCUGUACGGCGUGGGCGCCGUGGUCCAGUUCGCUUGCGACCCGGGUCACGCCCUAGAACAGGGACCGCCCGUCAUCGAGUGCAUCGGUGCCAGAGACCCUUACUGGAACGACACGGAACCGCUUUGCAAAGCGCAAUGCGGCGGCGACCUGAGCGGACCGGGCGGCGUCAUCUUGUCGCCCAACUGGCCCGAGUGGUACGGCGAGGGCGAGGAGUGCGCGUGGAACAUCCACGUUGGAGAAGACAAGCGGGUGCUCGUCGACGUGCAGCUUCUCAACAUCAGCCAAGGGGACUCGCUGACGGUGACGGAUGGCGACGAGGGCGCCGCCCGCCUGCUGGGCCGCUACUCGGGGGGUCGCGCUCCCUUCAAGCUCUUCUCCGCCACCCCCGACCUGAGCGUCACCUUCCGCUCAGGACCGGCGCUGGGCAAAGGGGAGGGCUUCAUCAUUAACUAUAUGGAGGUCUCCCGCAACGACUCGUGCGCUGACCUGCCCGAGAUCCAAAACGGCUGGAGGACACGCGCGGACGGCGCCGCGCGACGCGGCUCCCGCGUCACCUACCGUUGCGACCCGGGAUACGACCUGCAGGGCGGCGCCACCCUCACGUGCCAGCCGGACCUCUCGUGGAGCACGCGGCCGCCAUCUUGUCAAAAGAUCAUGUACUGUUCAGACCCAGGUCAGGUGGAGCACGCCUCUCGCUCCCUGUCGGACACCAAGCUGUUGGUGGGGACCACCGUCCGCUACCGCUGCAGUCCCGGCUACAUCCUGCAGGGCGGCGCCACCAUCACCUGCUACGGCCGUGAGCCGGGCACGCCCGUGUGGACUUCGCAACUCCCGCGAUGCGCCCCCGAGUACUCGCUGACGUGCGCUGACCCCGGCGUCCCCGACAACGGUUACUCGCUGACAACAUCCAAGCGCGUAUUCCUGCCCGGGGAGACGCUGACCUUCGCCUGUUACCGCGGCUACCAGCUGGUUGGGGACGACGCUGUGGAGUGCGUCCAGGGAACCCCCUCCUACUGGAGCGGACCGCUACCCAUCUGCAGGGGUGAGCCUCCCUGCCUCGCCAACCACGCUUUGGAAGUGUCACAUGCCGGCGGCGCGGCAGUGGAUGGCGCAAGUUUGGCGUUGGCUGCCUUAGUCCUGCUUCUGCUGAUGUCGGCGCUCCUGGGAGGCAUUUAUGCGCUGGCCACUCGGUGUCGCCCCGGCUCGGACCUGGGUCUGCCCCUGAUGUACCCGCACCGUUACCGGCAGAUCGUGGCGGAGGGCGAGUUUGACGGCGCCAUCUACGAGGCGGGCGGCGCGUUGACCGUAGGGUUGGCGAUUCCGACCCAGCUCUGUCCGAGUCCCGUGUGGCACCUUGCCUCCAGUGCUGCUCACACUGGGUAUGAAUGAUGCAGCCGGCUAACCCUAACCCUCUGUCAGCCUGCCACCACCAGAGUGACUCUCACGAGUAUGAAGUGUCCAUUUGAAGAGCGCUGCAAUCGCGUUGGCGGGGUCGUGACCACGCUUCCGGAUUCUCAUCAUUUUCACUUGAUGACCUGCAGGUGUUGUUGUUGUGUUUUUGUGCCGCCC